GCCUCCUUCCCCCUUUCUCCUGCCUUUCUGCAGUGUGCUCGGUGGUUCCUGUGUAGCUACCUCCAGAUUCAGUGCUCCUUCUUCCCGGCACUGUUCUACUAAUCCCCUCCCCCCCCAACCAGCAGCUCCCGUUGCUGUUUUCCUCUGUGACAGAGUAACUCCCCCCCCUUCAACAAUGUCCGGUCGUGGUCGUGGUGGUCCCCCCCGCGGUGGUGUCUCCCGUGGUGGCUUCGGCGGUGGUCGCGGUGGCGGCUUCGGCGGUCCCGGUGGCGGUCGUGGCGGUGGCCGUGGCGGCUUCGGUGGUCCCGGUGGCGGUCGCGGCGGUGGCCGUGGCGGCUUCGGUGGUCCCGGUGGCGGUCGCGGCGGCGGUCGCGGCGGUGCCCGUGGCGGUGGCCGUGGUGGCGCCCGCGGUGGCAUGCGCGGUGGCAUGAAGACCAUCGUCGAGCCCCAUCGCCAUGCUGGUGUCUUCAUCUCCCGUGGUAAGGAGGACGCCCUGCUGACCCGGAACAUGGUUGUCGGCGAGUCCACCUACGGCGAGAAGCGCAUCUCCGUCGAGGAGGGCGACAGCAAGGUCAAGUACCGCGUCUGGAACCCCUUCCGUUCCAAGAUUGCCUCGGCCAUUCUGGCCGGUCUGGCUGACAUCCACAUCGCCCCCGGCUCCAAGGUCCUCUACCUCGGUGCCUCUGCCGGUACCACUGUUUCUCACGUCUCCGAUAUUGUCGGCCCGGAGGGCGCCGUCUACGCUGUGGAGUUCUCCCACCGCAUGGGCCGCGACCUGAUCAACGUCGCCAAGAAGCGCACCAAUGUCAUCCCGAUUAUCGAGGAUGCUCGCCGCCCGGAGAAGUACCGCAUGCUCGUCCCCAUGGUUGACGUCAUCUUCGCUGAUGUUGCCCAGCCCGACCAGGCCCGUAUUGUGGCCAUCAACGCCCACGCUUUCCUCAAGGUCGGCGGUCACUUCAUGAUCUCCAUCAAGGCCAACUGCAUCGACUCCACCGUCCCCGCUCCGGCUGUCUUCGCUGCCGAGGUCCAGCGCCUCAAGGCCGAGAAGCUCCGCCCCCGCGAGCAGGUCACCCUCGAGCCCUAUGAGCGUGAUCACGCCGUCGUUGUCGGUGUCUACCGCUCCUCCAAGUAGAGUGUGAACGCCCGACAGCCCGCCGGCGCAUGCGUUCUGCAUCGCGCGCGCGCACGCCGGGCGGAGGAGGGGGGAGCCGCGCGGACGACCCGGGCAUGGGCCCACCUCUCUCCAGCCGCGGGCGGUAAUGCAUAUGGCAGGCGGCCAGGCGCACACUGUCACCCUCCGGCGGUGGCCGCCUUUCCUGCUGCUGCUUUUGUCAUCAUCCCGCGGGCAUGACCGUCUCCCUCUCGCUCUCUCUCUCUCUGUGUGUGUGUGCCCGGAUAGCCGGGGCCUUCCCACACAUGCAUGUGUACCACCUGCCACACGCGGAGCACCCUCAUGCGUCCCUCCCUCCCUGCGCUCCCUCGCUCCUCCUCUCCUAUAUAUGCGUCCUCCUUCUUCUUCUCCUCCUCUCCUGAUCCCGAUGUGGGUGACUUGCUUUUUUCGCCCCCACAAAGGCCCGCCAGGGGGGAGGGGUCGAGGCGAGGGCGCCCAUAUUCUCCUCCGCCAUGUGCGGCGUCACAUACACACACACACGCGCGUGCGCGCGCGCUCUCUCUCCCGCAGCAACAGCAGCGUAGAGGCAGCAUCGUUCAUCACACACCCAGCCAAUGGACACACAUUCAAAAUUUGCCA